AUGGUAUGGAAGGCAGCUAAAGAUCCAAAAGGUCGGACAUAUUAUUAUGAUACAGUGACAAGAGCUACAAGUUGGACUCUUCCAAAGGGAGAAACAGUGAUACCGCCAGCUCCAUCUGCUUCCUCUUCUGUAACUACUAGUCAGGCCACGUUGCAAAAAAGUGGAGAUAUUACUCUUAAUGAUAAGAAUGUUAAGGAGCAAGAGGAACAUCAAGAAGAGAGAGGUACGGAUCAGGCUGGCAAAUCUCAGGAUAUUAAUGGAAAUUAUGAAAUAUUAUCUGAAUCCCAGGCCAAAGAACGGUUUGUGUCCAUGUUAAAAGAUCAUGGUGUUGACAUCCAAUGGUCAUUUGAACGUGUCAUGGAUGAACUGUCCUCAAAAGAUAAAAGGUAUUGGUUCAGUGACGGUAGUAACGACAACAUUAAUAGUCAAUGGGACGAUCCCUUGUGGAAGCAAUCUAUUUGGAAAGAUUAUGUAUGGGAUCAACAGUCUCAAAGGCUAGAAGACCAUAUAUCCUCGUUUAAAUCCCUGUUGAAACAGAAAUAUAAUGAUGGGAUGUUAAAAAUAUGGCAUCCAUGGCCCUAUGCUAAAAAACAUAUAUUGAACAUGGAUACAGAUUAUUCCUUUGUGAUAUUAAAUGAUGACUUACAGAAAAAAAUUUACUAUAAUUUCAUUAAAAAUUUAAGAAAGUUGAAAGAUAUCGAAACAACAAACUCAAUAAAUCAGGCUAAAGAUGAAAUGAGGUUAUACCUAAAAUCUAUAAUGUAUCAAGCUGAUGCUGAACCAAAUCCAUAUCCAAAUUCAAAUUCAAAUUCAAAUUCAAACAUAAUUUCAAAUACAAUGUCAAAGCCUUUAUCUUGGGAUCAUUUGGUAUCAAAAUAUUUAUCAGUUGAUAAUAAAAGAUUUGUAGCAAAUAAAAAUUUCCAAUUGUUGACCAUGGAAGAUAGUCUAUUGAUUUACAUGAACUUAUUGAAGCAAUAUGAAGAUGAAUUAACCAAGAAACUGGCUGAUUUAGAAGAAAUGAAUUAUACAAGGGAUAGAUUUGCAAGAGAUCAAUUUAAAGCAUUGUUAGAUGGUAAGGAUUACAUUGAUAGUUCUCAUCCCAAUAGUAAUAGUGAGAAUAUUGACGAAGGUCAAAAGAAUAGAUGUUUUGUUAAAAUCAAAAUUAAAUUUAAUGAUGAUUGGAACAAAGAUAUUUAUCCACGGAUUAAGAACGAUCCAAGGUUCUUAAAUUUAGUCGGAAGAAAUGGAUCAUCCCCGUUGGACUUAUUUUAUGACAAGGUUAAUGAAUUAAGGGUUAUAUUAAAAACCAAAAGCUCCUUGGUAGAAGAUAUUCUGAUUGAAAGAGGUAUUGAUAGUAGCCAAAUCAAUUCAGAACAAUUGAAAAAGAUAUUAUUAGAGGAAAGACAAAAAUUGAAUUUGAAUGGUAAGGAUAGUAAUGAUGAUUAUGAUGAUAUAGAUGAUGAUAUAGAUGAAUUGAUUGAAUUUAUUGGUUGGCAAAAACAUUCAAAGGAUUUACAAUCAUUCGAAGGAUUACUAAUAGAUACAUUAAAUACACGGAACUAUAGGAAAAUGCCUGCAUGGGAAACAAUCUGGCCAGAGUUGCAACAAAUGAGUAAAGACAAGUUUCAGUCAUUAACUCAAGACGAAAUGUAUAAAUCAUAUUCUAUCUUGGUUCAACAGAUGAAACAGCAGCAAGAACAAAGACAGUAUCAGUAUCAAUAUCAAUAUCAACACCAACAUCAAGAAAAUCUAAAUAUAUCUAAAAAGAGAACUUUAGAACAGGUUGAAUUAGAUUACUAG